CAAUCUUAGCAACUCUUCAAGUGAAGUACGCACUAGAAACAAACAAAAAAUCAAUCAACAUGAAAUUCAUCAUUGUAUUAGCUGCUCUCUUCGCCGUUGCUUUGGCUGCUCCCCGUCCUGAAGAUGCCGUCAUCUUGAGAUCCGAAUCCGAAGUAGGACCCGAAUCCUUCCAAUACUCUUACGAAACUAGCGAUGGUUCUCAGGCUCAAGCUCAAGGUCAAUUGAAGAAUGUUGGUACUGAUGAAGAAGCUAUCGUCGUCAAGGGCUCUUUCUCCUUCGUUGCUGAUGAUGGUCAAACCUACACCGUCAACUAUGUUGCCGAUGAAAACGGUUUCCAACCCCAAGGCGCUCAUUUGCCCGUUGCCCCUGAAGCUUAAGUUGUUUUAACUGUUAUUAAAUUCUACGAUAAAUCUAAACAAACUAAAAAUACUCAAAACAAUGCAAUUUCCCCCCAAACUAAUUCCUCCUGUUGAAUAUCAUGAAAAAAAUAUCCCAAUUUGUUAAACUAUCACAAUGUCCCCCUAAAACCCCUUCCUUAUCCUAGUCCCGUUUGUCAACUGUUAUACGAUCUGUCAUUAACGUUAUUUGUUAGCGACAGUUUAUCGUUAAGCUAAAGCAAACAAAAUUGUUAUAAACAUUAGGUUAAGUGAAUAAAAUACAAAAUAUAGAAAAAAUACAUUAAAAAAACAAAUAA